AUGUCCUCGUCCUCUGUCAACCUCAAGGCGGUGCCUGGUCGCUUGACCUCUUCGUACAGCGAGGUCCAGGCCAGUCGUCUCGACGUUUCGCUUCCUCUCCCUUCUGUUCUCAAAAGCUCCUUCAGCGUCGUCGAUGGCCCUAAAAGCUCUGCUGCUGGAAACCCAGAAGAGAUAGCCAAGUUGUUUCCUAACCUAUUUGGACAGCCCUCAGCAGUGCUAAAUCCAGGUGGUUCUUCAGUACUUUCAAAGGAUAUAAGUUUGAAGAUUGGAGUGGUUCUCUCUGGAGGACAGGCUCCUGGUGGACACAAUGUCAUUUCUGGGAUUUUUGAUUACUUACAGCACCACACUAGUGGAAGUACAGUGUAUGGAUUUAAGGGUGGUCCGGCAGGUAUCAUGAAGGGUAAAUAUGUUGAAUUGUCUGCGGAAUUUGUGUAUCCUUACAGAAAUCAGGGUGGCUUUGACAUGAUUGCUAGCGGCAGAGACAAGAUCGAAACUCCUGAACAGUUUAAGCAAGCAGAAGAAACAGCAAAGACGCUUGAUUUGGAUGGGCUUGUGGUCAUUGGUGGGGAUGACUCAAAUACUAAUGCUUGCCUUCUAGCUGAAUAUUUCAGGGGUAAAAAUAUCAAGACACGGGUAAUUGGAUGUCCAAAAACCAUUGAUGGUGAUCUGAAAAGCAAAGAAGUGCCCGUCAGUUUUGGAUUUGACACUGCAUGCAAGCUAUAUUCAGAAAUGAUUGGUAAUGUAAUGACAGAUGCCCGUUCAACUGGGAAAUACUACCAUUUUGUAAGGCUUAUGGGGCGUGCAGCUUCUCAUAUAACCUUGGAGUGUGCUCUGGAGACUCAUCCAAACAUUACAAUUAUUGGGGAAGAAGUUGCUGCCAAGAAGCAGACACUCAAGAGUGUAACAGACUAUAUAACUGAUAUAAUGUGCAAACGCUCAGAACUUGGAUUUAAUUACGGUGUCAUACUUAUACCAGAGGGCCUGAUUGAUUUCAUUCCGGAGGUGCAGCAACUAAUUGCAGAGCUUAACGAAAUAUUAGCUCAUGAUGUUGUUGAUGAAGCAGGGGUGUGGAAAAAGAAACUCCAGAGCCAAUCUCAUGAGCUUUUCGAGUUUUUGCCUCCAACAAUUCAGGAGCAACUACUGCUUGAAAGAGAUCCACAUGGGAAUGUGCAGGUUGCCAAAAUAGAGACAGAAAAGAUGCUCCUUCAGAUGGUAGAAACUGAACUGGACAAGCGGAAGCAGGAGGGUAAAUAUAAGCGGGACUUCUUAGGAAAGACCCACUUCUUCGGUUAUGAGGGUAGAUGCGGUUUGCCUACGAACUUUGAUGCAAACUACUGCUAUGCAUUGGGUUUUGGUGCCGGAGCCCUCCUCCAUUCUGGAAAGACUGGGUUGAUUUCCUCUGUGGGAAAUUUGGCUGCUCCAGUGGAGCAAUGGACAGUUGGGGGAACAGCACUGACUUCUUUAAUGGAUGUGGAACGGAGACAUGGGAAGUUCAAGCCUGUGAUUAAGAAAGCAAUGGUGGAACUUGAAGGCGCUCCAUUCAAAAAAUUUGCAUCUUUUCGUGACGAGUGGGCGCUUAAAAAUCGUUAUGUUAAUCCAGGUCCGAUUCAAUUUCUUGGCCCAGCAGCGAAUGCCAUCAACAACACUCUUCUGCUGGAACUCGGAGCACAAGCAUAG